AGCUCGCCGCAGCGCGAGAACGAGUCUUAACUCUCGGCAUCGCCAUCGAUUUGCGCCUCCUGCCUGCUUCCCUGAUUACCGAGGUUUCUCUCCUCCAUUGACUGUCACAUCGAGCGAGCCGAGCCGAGUCGGUUGGCCGUGUUCGUAUCCGAUGCAUUCCUGCGCAGCAUCCAUCCAAUGUUUUGUGCGCACUCCCCGCCUGAGUCCGAGGAGCGUCAUUCUCAGAGCUCCGUCCACGCAGUCUGAGGAGGGGGAUUGCCGACAUCUUCUGAACACAGUGUGGGCAUCCUCAGAUGAAGGAUCAAGGGAUCCACUCCCCUUUGUUCCUCAACAUUGAGGUCCUCGAUUGCGUCCUCUUCAAUUCAGUAGCUGCGUCGCACUGAUCCAUGAUCUUGGCGACCGCCAACAGUCAAAGCCAAUCGGCCAUCCGCGGUUACAGUCUGCGCAUUCCUUCAUUCCUCUGUGCGCCUACGUCAUCCCAGAGAGCUAAGUUGCCAUCGCUCCCACGAUCGGCUCCGGUUUUCGGCCUCAGUCGCUCCCCUCAUCUGGUCGAAUAAUUAUCGCUCCGGUCGAUUACUGCCAAAGUUCACGUGUAAGCGAAUUCGGGUGAAGAGCUCAGAGGAGGGACAUCGCGAGGGUCCCAGUCUUCUCUCCUUUCUCGUGGUCGCGGCGACUGGUUGCCGAGAAUCUGUGUGUACUGUGUGCGGUACAAUUACAUCCCUGCUGAGCCAGCCAGCACCACUCGCAAGCCAGGAACGGCCGCGUCGCAGUCUUUUUCUUAAUUUAAAACCGGCGUGUCCCCUUUCAUGCUCCUGCUGCCGUCGAGUUUGAGUUAGAUUGUGCUGUGGCGACUGAAAGAAGUUGCGCGGACAAGAUACGCUGCGACGUGAAGUUCUUCCCUUGUGCUGUAGAGGCCUGACAAUAUCCACUGCGCUCUCACUCCUCACUGGACAGGGAGCGUGUAGUUCUAGCUCGGCAAUUGCACUCGUUCGUUCGCGGUGGAAGAACCUGAGUGGAGGCCGGCUCAUACGUGGGAACAGGCAGGGCACGAGUUCACCGAGUCAUGGUAAUGCAAUAGAUUAGUCAUCUACUGAAGAAGCGUCUUGGGGAUCAUCGCCUGGAUCUUUCAAGACGAGCACCAUUUGAGCGAUGGUGGUGUGAAAAGUUUAGAAACUGCAUCGUCGAGACCGCACCAGCUUUCUUCCAGGUUGGCCCGAGCUUGCAUGAAGUCAUGGGGUCACCGGCGGAUCUUACCUUAGGAUGUAGACCUCAGUCCUCAGGAAACGAGUUCAAAGCCGUUUCUACGAGUGGAGACCAGAUUGAGAGAGUUCGCAAGCUGGAUGAAUACCUCAAAGCGUUGGAGGACGAAAGACACAAGAUUGAGGCAUUCAAGCGGGAGCUUCCACACUGCAUGCAACUUCUUGAUUAUGCUAUCGAGGUUUCAAAAGAUCGUCUCGUCGAUUCUCCUCGCUCCUCUUCCGGAGGAGGGCAUGCAGUGGACUCCUAUGGCGAAGUGGAGACCAGUACGCUAGGCUCAUUCGGGAAGCAUGUUGUGGAAGAAUUUCUAAAGAAGUCGUGGGAAGCUCCCAAAAGAGAGAUAGAGGAGGUGGAGAAAGUAUCCAAGAGAUCAGAUGAAGGCAGAGAUGCAGAUCACCGACCAUCGUGGAUGGCUGAAGCUCAACUAUGGAGUCAACCGUCCACAAGAUCAGAUGCUUGGAAAGAGAAGGAGUCUUCCACCGAGGAUUCGACGAGACGGCAGAGAGACACCACGGAGCAGAGCACCGUGACUAGUCCUGCCAACCUCUUCAACACUCACAAAAGAACGGGCGGCGCAUUUUUGCCAUUCAUCAAAGAGAAGCCCGUAGCUACCGUAGCGUCACGGGUCAAGGUGCUAUCAGGAGCCGACUUGGCCCUUUCUUCGGUGGAAAGCAGGCCUGCGUCCCGUAUCGCUCUUGGCCCUGUUGAAUCAGAGGCCGGCAGUCUCGAUGUCAGCACAACGAGAACCAGAGACGUGGGGAUGGAAGUUGUCCAAGCAAAAGAUAAUGGUAGGAAAUUGAAUGGCAGUGGCAGUGGCGGAAACCAUUCUGGAGGCACGGGAAGCACAAGCUCAGGUGGUGGUGGUGGGGGUAGUGGUCAGGCGCAGAGGAAAGCACGACGCUGCUGGUCUCCGGAACUUCAUCGACGGUUUGUCAGCGCGCUUCAACAGCUUGGCGGUUCUCAGAUCGCCACACCUAAGCAAAUACGUGAGCUCAUGAAAGUCGACGGACUUACAAACGACGAAGUGAAGAGUCACCUACAGAAAUAUCGCUUGCACACGCGUAGACCUAGUCCUGCUCCACAAGCUCCGCAGCAGCAAGCACCACAAUUGGUAGUUCUAGGUGGUAUAUGGGUACCCCCGGAAUACACCAGCGGUGGAAUGUAUCACGACCCUUCAAGUUCCGUAUCUCAACAAGGUCACUUCUGCCAGGCAUCUCUUUCUCAAGAAAUUUAUUCUCAACUGAAUCCCUCCGCCCAGAUCCAGUUGCAUAGAUCGCAAUCUCACAGUUCCCCUCAGGGACCUCUUCAGUCUACCAGUCAACUAUCGAGCGGAGCUCGCCAGACGAGCGCGGAAAUGUACAGAGAAGAUAGUCCUGGAGAAGAUGGCAAAUCAGAAAGUUCAAGCUGGAAAGGAGAAGAUGAUUCCAGAGGGAGAUCUGAGAAAGAGAGCGACAGAGAAGUAGGAAGCGGCGGCAGAGAUGACGAUGAGGACGACACAGACGUCGAGGAUGAAGGCAGGGAAUCUGGAAUGAGGUUGAAGCUCGAAAUGGCUUUCACUCGGAGCCACACGGUAAUGAAGCCUGAGCCGCAAAUGGCUUGAGCCAAAGAAACAGCUGGAUACAUCUACGCUGCUAGCAUCGGGUCAAACUACUCCUUCAGAUUAAGACACAUAGAACAGUUCCUCUACAACAGGGUUAUUCGACAAUUUUUCAGGAGAAGAAAUUUUUUCCAAGCAUCGGUGUCGAGAAUAAUCCCACCAUGAUUGCCGGUUGCCGAAUCACAGGAGCGGCGUCAAGUCUCCAGUUGCGAGGGAAAAGUGACAUGGCCGCUUUCAGCUUCGCGGAAGUGUUUAUUGGCAUCAAUCAUGAAGCGGCCAGAGUGGCCGAUGAUAGUAGUUUGAAGUCUACUCUAUCGUCGAUACCAGCAUGUUUGUCGACAACAUCAAGAGACUGGGUACAAUACUAUCAUUGCACAGCAAUUACACGAAGCAUCUUGAUGACUGAUACAUCUCUGCGAAAUGGAUACAGGGAUCUCCGCCAACUGUUGAGUUUCAUGAGUGCAGCACUCAUGCAGACAGCCCUGGACCUCCACGGCACAUUCUAUACUUCAGUGGAGGGUGUGUGUAGACACGAUUUUGGGCUUCUCAUGUUCAUCCACCGAUUCAUCUAGUUCAAACAAUAGGAUACUGGGCAGAAUAAAAUUCGUUGAUUUCUCCACAGGAUCAAGGUUCUGAAGGCCUUCUUCACGCCUGCAAGGCCUUCCUUAAUCCCCUUUCAGGAUCCACUUCUCCCUUUGGGUGUAUAUUUGUGUAUAGUACUCGGCGCACGAGUGGUUGACUGAAGCCUCAUAGGAAGAACCAGACAUGCGGUUGUGUCGCAUUUACGUCUCCUGUACAUACAUUGUUGCGCAAAUUGAUUUCUUUUACUUGAGAAGUUAUACCGUUGCGGUAAUGUUUUUCUGGC